AUGGCUAUCUACCCAUUCUUCGCGUCUUUGUCCUGGUCAAUCUUCGACAGAACGAGCAUCUUCGUUGCUCUUGCAUCCCUCUCCAUAGUAGCCGUACGGUUGAUUAAGAAGCCUCACCGGCUCCCCUUCCCCCCUGGUCCUAGACCGCUCCCAUUAAUCGCCAAUGCUCUCGACUUCCCACUAGCCCGCCCUUGGGAGACAUAUACGCGAUGGGGCCAACAGUAUGGCGAUAUCACCCACAUCAACGUCCUUGGAAUGCACAUCUACGUCCUCAACUCUGCUGAAGCCACAGGAGACUUGCUCGAUGGCCGCUCAAACUUGUAUUCCUCCCGGCCGGACAUGCCCGUUGCUGAAUUGACUGGGUGGCAUAUGACUAUGGCGACACUCCCUUAUGGUGAUAUGUGGCGCAAGCACCGGGCCCUGUACCACAACAAGUUCAAGCAAGAAUCCGUUCACCAAUUUAUCCCCCUCCUUACAUGCAAAGCACACGACCUUCUGCGGCAAUUGCUAGCUACUCCAGAUGAACGAGUAGAACAUAUCAGGAACUAUCCAGCAGCUAGCCUAAUGUACAUCUGCUACGGGCACACUAUCGAAUCACAUCAUGACCCCCUUGUUGAGAUCUCCGAAACAGCAGCUCAAGAAGUAGCUGAAACGAUUUUGAAAGGAUCACUAGUAAAUAUGCUGCCGAUGGCCCGCCAUCUGCCAGAUUGGUUUGGCUUCCAACGAAGCGCUCGGGAGUGUAGAAGAAAAGUUAAUCUGAUGCUCAACGUGCCUUAUGAAUCGGUCCGUCGACACAUGACGUCGGGAAAUACUGUACCCUCUUGGAUGUCUGAGAUGUUAGAAGUUAAUGAUUCGAAAGGGGGAGAUAAAGCCGAAGAAGAGAUUAUUAAGAGCGUGACUGCUUCAAGCUUCGCCGCUGCGAAUGACACAACUGCCUCCGCUCUACAAUUCUUCGUUUUGGCGAUGCUGCUCUAUCCUGACGUGCAAUGCAAAGCCCAGGAAGAGCUGGAUCGUGUCGUAGGAGCGGGAAAUAUCCCCACUUUCGAGGACCGCGAAUCCUUACCUUAUAUUGAUGCGAUAUUCAGGGAGCUGCUCAGAUGGAGACCACCUGCCGCUAUUGGUGUCCCCCAUUCCACCACGAAAGAUGAUAUCUAUAGGGAUUACUAUAUACCGAAAGGAUCAAUUAUCUUCGCGAACAUUUGGUUCGUGGAGUUUUACCAGUACAACAUCUGCCCUCCAGAGAUUGAUUACUUCUUCGAUUCCAGGGGCAUGUCGCACGAUUCUUCUGUAUACCCCAACCCAGAGGCUUUCCAACCCGACAGGUUCUUGAACCCAGAUGGCACACUUAAUGAUAAUGAUAAACCCUUCGCCUUCGGAUUUGGACGGCGGGUUUGCGUAGGGAGCGAUUUUGCCCGUGAGAUCAUCUGGAUUGCGAUAGCCACGAUGUUAUCUGUGUUCCAGUUCGACAAGGCGAAGACGCCGGAAGGCAACGAUAUUGAAGUCGAUGGGGGCUUUUCCGAUAGUCUCGUUAUCCACCCAUUAGAAUUUAAAUGCUCAAUCAAGCCUCGCUCGCAAGCGUGCGAGGAGGCGAUUUUGAAAACCCCUGAGCUCAAGCUCGAUAGCCUUGAACUCAGAUGGUUCGAGUAA